GGAGCCGCGCCUCCCCCUGCGUCGCCAUGGCAACAUCCUGCACAUGCGCUUCGCCGACCGCGUCUAGGCCAGGCGGAAACAGGCUCUGCGGGCAGGGCAAGAACACAGGGCGGGCUUUUAAAGGGAUCAUCCCUUCUCUAGCCGGCCUGGUUACCCGGACUGUGAAGUGUUCUGCCACAUCCUAACCUCACCGGCGUGCUCAGCCAUGGCCAGACCUCCCGUGCACGGUUCGGUGAUUGUCACCGACUGGCAUGAGACAGUCGAGGGCAAGGAGUACUUAGCCUGCAUCCUGCGCAAGAAUCGCCGGCGGGAGUUUGGGUUGCUGGAACGGCCGGUGCUGCCCCCUUCAGUGGCCAUUGAUACUGCCAGCUACAAGAUCUUUGUGUCUGGGAAGAGUGGUGUGGGCAAGACCGCAUUGGUGGCGAAGCUGGCAGGCCUGGAAGUGCCUGUAGUGCACCAUGAGACCACGGGUAUUCAGACCACUGUGGUGUUUUGGCCAGCCAAGCUAAGGGCCAGCGACCGUGUGGUCAUGUUCCGCUUUGAGUUCUGGGACUGUGGCGAGUCUGCCCUCAAGAAGUUUGAUCAUAUGCUACCGGCUUGCAAAGAGAAUGCAGAUGCCUUCCUGUUCCUCUUCUCUUUCACUGACCGAGCCUCCUUUGAAGACCUUCCUGGACAGUUGACCCGCAUAGCCAGCGAGGCUCCUGGGGUGGUCAAGAUAGUCAUUGGCUCCAAGUUUGACCAGUACAUGCACACAGAUGUACCAGAGCGAGACCUCACAGCCUUCCGGCAGGCCUGGGAACUGCCCUUGCUUCGGGUCAAGAGUGUACCAGGGCGACGGCUGGCAGAUGGGCGUACACUGGACGGGCGGGCUGGGCUGGCUGACACUGCCCAUGUUCUCAAUAGCCUUGCAGAACAGUUGUGGCACCAGGACCAGGUGGCAGCUGGCCUGCUCCCCAGUUCCCCAGAGAACACCCCUGGAUGAAGGGGGACGACAUCCUGAGUGGUGACAGGGACUGAUGAUCCCACACUAUAUCCCUUGGGUGACCCAGGGAAGAUGAUGGAACCUAGGGCCCAAGGCUCAUGCAAGGACA